CCCUAAUGUACUGUAUGCGUUGUACUGCAGUGAUAUGACGGCGUGUCCACCCAUUUGUGCGGCACUUCUAACCCAGGUCGUUAGACGGCCAUAAUCACCUGGGACGAGGCAACCCCUGGUAUUGUGGAGAGCUCCGCGGCUACAGCACACGUUGGCAUCUUGUAGUUCAGCAUCGUGCACCCAGCCACAGAUUGAAGCACCCAGGAGCAGCGGAUCUAAUAAGAAGGCGCAAGUCGAAGCAGCAGUGCUCGCCGAACGAUGAUGCUCGGUUUACUUUUCUCAUUCUGCAUCGUGCUUCUGUGGUAUUGGGUAGCGCGGUACCAAAGACAGUACUGGUCUUCGCGAAGUGUGGAGCAUGUGUCCUUUCUGCACACUUUGCGCAACAUGGCGCGUAUGUACUACAUGCCUGUUCACACCAUUUGGCAGGAAAUAUAUAGGACGCACGGACCUGUAGCAGGCACAUUCACCAUGUUCACUCCUACACUUAUGGUCGCUGACCCCCUGCUGCUGAAGGAAAUCAUGAUCAGGAAUUUCGCCUCAUUUCCCAAUACAGAGUUCAUCAGGCAAGUCGGCGACCCGGUUCUUGACAACAUGCUUGUGGCCCUAUUGAACAACGAAUGGCGUACAACGAGAAAAAUUGUAUCACCAGUCUUCAGUACGUCCAAGAUCAAGCAGAUGGUUGUUACAGCAAAUGAGUGUGCCAAGGAUAUGAUACGAAACUUUGCUGAAGCCGCAAGAAAAGGAACACCUUGUGACGUAAAGUUGGUCUUCGGAGCAUAUGCGUUAGACGUCACAGCGCAGUCAACAUUCAGCUUUAAGUUGGACUCCCACCGGGAUGUAAACAAUCCGUUCGUCUUGCAGGCCAAGCGCUUUUUUGCAGCUGACUACAACUGGAGGGCUUUCUUCUCUUUCCAAUUUCCCCGCCUCAGCAAAAUGCUCGGAAUACGCAUAUUCUGCCCGGACGCCGUAGAGUAUUUCAGCGGAUUGAUGACGGACCUCAUGCAACGGAGGGUUGCAGGCAACAAAAACGAAGAGACUGAUUUCGUUCACCUCCUGACGAACGCAGAGUGCAAGGAAGAAGACGGGCUCCAGCAGAAAGACGCCAACAAACGGGGGCUCACCAAGAAUCAAGUGCUUGCCCAGGCUGUUCUCUUUUUUGUCGCUGGUUACGACACGACAACAAUAGCGAUGUCAAUGGCCGUCUACUAUUUGGCGCAGCACAAGCACAUACAGGAGCGUCUCAUCGAAGAAAUUGAAGAUGUCCGCAAAAACCAAAGCGACAUCACCUACGAAGUGGUCAUGGGACUGGAGUAUCUGGACGCCGUGUGCUCGGAAGUGCUGCGAAUGAACCCACCUGUGCAGAUGACAUACAGAACGUGCGUCGAGAGCACCGUGUUAGGAAACAUAGCUAUUGAUAAAGGAACCUUCAUCCGAAUUCCUAUUUUCGCCAUGCAACAUGACGAAAAAUAUUUUGUAGAACCUGAUGUCUUCAACCCUGACAGGUUUCUGGGCAAGAACAAAGAAGGCGUUGUGCCGUUCAGCUUCUUACCUUUUGGAGAAGGGCCCCGGCAGUGUAUCGGCAUGAAGUUUGCCUCAAUGAGCUUCAAGCUUGGACUUUUCCAUGCUCUAUCCAGGUUUUCAUUCGAAACCUGCUCCGAAACUGAAAUUCCUCCCAAGUAUCAUCCAACCAUUCUACUACUUCUUCCCUACAAAGUUAAGCUCAGAAUCAUCGACAGAAAGAAGGAGUAGCUGCGGCUGUCUACGUAGGAAUGCCGACAAGAGAAUUAUUCAUAUCAUAGUUUAGAAAAUAAACCAAGUGCUUGAGUGACGUGUGCUCACAAA